GGCAAAGUCUUGGUAUCAUUUGGUGGACUGAAUUAGCUUUGGUUUGUGUUUGGUCUGAGUAACGUCGUAUGUAUCUAUCUUUACUUGAAAGAUUAAUAUGAGUAAGCCAAUCAAAAACACCUGCUCCUUCAAAGCCUUGAGAGCCCAGCAAAAGAAAAUGGGAGUAUCCAGCUUAGGAUUCCCCUCGUUGAAAGACGAAAUCUUAUCAAAUUACAAGUCGGUAACAAAUCUCAAACACAAGGCAAAGCAUGAGAAAGAUUGGGAGGCGCAGCUUUGUUUGAGUAAAGCAUAUGAAUAUGGCGUACCAGAGCUCAACAUUGAACAAGACUUAGACAGUGCAAUCGCCUGCCUCGAAUCUUCCAUUCGAAAUGGAAAUGAUAUAGAUAACGAAAAAUGCCAACUUGGUACCUUGUACGACACCAGAGGCACAAUUCCCGAUCAAAGAAGAGCAUUUGAACUCUACUUAGAGUCUGCCCGUGCGGGAAUAGUACAGGCUGAGCUAAGUGUUGCAGAAGUGUAUCGUUGUGGAAUAGAAGGGGUUGUGCACAAAGAUUUGGAAGAGGCGUUCAAGUGGUAUAGAAGGGCGGCUGAUGAAGAAUUAGACGAUCUUGAUGAUCAAAUUAAUUUACCAGCACAUAUUCUUAAAGGAGCUUUAAAAAGUUUUGGGAUUGAUUUCAAGAUAGAGGCAUUGAAGACACUUUACAAAUAUUACAUGACUGAUGAAUGUCCUGAGGGAGAGCCUCAGCCAAUCAAUAAAAGAGGUUUGACAAAAGAUCUUGGACGUGCGUAUCUUAAAGGCGAGUCAGGGCAACCAAAAGACUUGGAUAAUGCAAAGAGAUGGUUAAAGAAAGCAGCGAUCAAUGGUGAUCAAGAAGCUGUCGAGAUCAUGAAGAAAUUCGACGACAAAACCAUAGUCGAUGUGUUAGAUGAACCAGACGAUCUCUUACGAGAAAGCAAUGCUAAGCAAUAUUGUGAGCUGUUAAAAAGCACCAUCGAACAAAGCCAGCAGCGACACCCCUAUGUCAAAAGGUAUUCAAAGCAUAUCGGAGUCAAAUGUUUUGAAAAUUUUCCGAGAUCACCUACAGCGCGACGCUUCAAGAAAGCUUCUGAGCUCUUAACGAAAGGCUUAGAAAAGUUUGAAAUUUUGGUUCAAAAUGAUGAGAACUUGGGUACGACGUCAACCAACCGUGACUUCGAAGAAGGAAUAAAGUUGUUAGCACAGGGUAUGUUGUAUGAGAAUUCCGUUGUCGUAUCUUGUCUACAAAGUACGCUCCCGCCUGAUCUCACCCUCCUUAUUCAAGAUUCCAUUUUCAAGAUGCUUGAAACCCAUCCAAACUUUUUUGAAGGCCUGGUAGUGUUGUUUGCAUCAUACCCUUUAAGUAGACGCUUCAGCGCAGAGAGCUGUAAGAUGGAUCUUCGCAGGACCAUGUUUUUGAAUAAUAUUAUCCAUUUGAUGAAGAAAGCGGAACCAGACAUGCCACCAACACAAGAUCCCUAUUCAUAUGACCAAAACUACAGUAGCUGGUUACAUCAACUUUAUUAUCUCCUUGGCUCAAAUUAUAUCAUUGCCGAGUGCUUUGAACAUGGCGCAGAAGUUUUCCAAAAAGCACUUGAUUGUUGUCCAAAGUUUGCUGAAGCAAAACUACCUCUAGGAAGUUGUUUGCUAAAAAUGAGUUUGAAGAAGCAGCCUGUUGGCAAAUGUGGUGAAACUAAUCAAGAAGAUGAAGACAACCCUGAUGAGGUCUUGUUGAAAAGAUUUGCAAAGCCUGAAUACCAACGAAUAAACAGAGGCGACUACAGAACAUGGUCAGUGACCCAACUCAGAGAAAAAGCCAAGCAGUUGUUCAUGGAAUAUCUUGAAGAAGUACCAGAAUGUGACAAAAAGUAUCCUGAGGGACACUACCAUCUGGCAUUCCUUUGCUUGAUUGAGGAAAACAGAGAAGAAGCCUUAAAAUGGAAAGAGAAAGGAGAAGAAGCGGAAGAAAAGGUAUUGCCUUUUCUGCAACCGUUUGAAUCAGCUUUCAAGGAAUGUUUAAGUUCAUUAGACUUGUUACCAGUUUCAAAGAAACACAGCGAGAAGCACAACCAAAAGACACGUCGCGAUCCUUGCGGGACUGUGACACUAUUGGGAGUUGGGAGGCAACAUCUUGCAACAGCCAGUAUGAAUGAAAGAGAGACGAAGACAUGUUCGAAAUGUAAAAACAACAUUCAAGAAUUGAAAUGGUGUCCAUGCAAGAAAGCGUUUUAUUGUGGAAGAGCAUGUCAAAAGGAAGACUAGAAGGAACACAAAAAAAAUUGUACUUCAAAAAACAAAAAAGUCAUUCAAUAGUCAUUCAAGUAAUAUAGUCAAUCAGUCUAACAUUCAAAUCAUUUCUCCUCUUUUGAGAGCAAAAAAAAAGAUGAAAACAAUAUAAUACAGAAAAUUAGGUAACUGUAAUAGCUAGAAGCUAGACAAGACAGCAAUCGAAAUUUUAAUUUUCCUUCUUAACUUUUUUCUUAAUUGAAUAUUUUGAAUGCACAAGAGCCAAUAGCGACUUUGAAAAGAACCGCUUGUAUUUAGUGCGGCACGUGCACCAACAUAUGCUUGCAUAUAACUCAUUUUAGUCAAAUUCAGCUAGCAGUCGUUCAUCAAUGCUGUGUUCUGAUUGGAUGAGCUACUACUAGGCUAUAAGUAAUAGCCUACUAGUAGUGAAAAAUUCCGGCUUUGAAAGCAAAAAGUUGAAUUGAACUUUAAUACAAGACUCGUUUGCAUAUAAAUAUUUGACCGUCUAGUUAGAUUUCAUUAAAACAAUAAGUCCUCUCGCCCUCAUGGCCUAUGAGUCAAUAGCCCAUUCGGCCUUUAGCCCCACGGGCUAUUGACUCAUAAACCAUUCGUGCUCGAGAACUAAUUGCAAAUUAUUCCGUGGUUUUCAAACUUGAAUAGUUCGUUUUAGAAGAAUAGUUCGUUUGUGUCACUUGAUUACUUCAGAGCUUUCGAAUUCAUAAUUAUUUGGAAUGGUGUGUUAUCGCUUAGUAUUUUCUUCUUAUGCAAGAAUGUCAGUUGUUUCGUCAUCAGUUUACGCGUACAAAUAGUUCGAGCCCAGUUUCUUCCCGGUACUCAAAAUGGCGGUACAAAAAAAAAAUCAAAAUGUUAUUGUUUUAAUAGUUUAUUGAUCUUUGUACGUAAUUUUAUUUGUAUUUGCAUUACCUAAGAAGAAAGGGGGUUUAAAUAUUAGAAUUAAAAGGUUCAAAAUGAAGGAUAAA